AUGGCGGCGACUCUGGAGUCGUCUGGGUGGUGGCAGCGGUGGCGGCGGCGGCGGCGUUUGUCGGCCCGGGAUGGGUCUAGAAUGUUGCUCCUUCUCCUUUUGUUGGGGUCUGGGCAGGGGCCACGGCAAGUCGGGGCGGGUCAAACGUUCGAGUACUUGAAACGAGAGCACUCGCUGUCGAAGCCCUACCAGGGUGUGGGCACAAGCAGUUCCUCACUGUGGAAUCUGAUGGGCAGUGCCAUGGUGAUGACCCAGUAUAUCCGCCUUACCCCAGAUAUGCAAAGUAAACAGGGUGCCCUGUGGAACCGGGUGCCGUGUUUCCUGAGAGACUGGGAGUUGCAGGUGCACUUCAAAAUCCAUGGACAAGGGAAGAAGAAUCUGCAUGGGGAUGGCUUGGCAAUCUGGUACACAAAGGAUCGGAUGCAGCCAGGGCCUGUGUUUGGAAACAUGGACAAAUUUGUGGGGCUGGGAGUAUUUGUAGACACCUACCCCAAUGAGGAGAAGCAGCAAGAGGCCCAGAAGAGGCGAUAUUCUCCAGGAGUCCAGCGGGUAUUCCCCUACAUCUCAGCCAUGGUGAACAAUGGCUCCCUCAGCUAUGAUCAUGAGCGGGAUGGGCGGCCCACAGAGCUGGGGGGCUGUACAGCCAUUGUCCGCAAUCUCCAUUAUGACACCUUCCUUGUGAUUCGCUAUGUCAAGAGGCAUUUGACGAUAAUGAUGGACAUCGAUGGCAAGCAUGAGUGGAGGGACUGCAUUGAGGUGCCCGGGGUCCGUCUGCCCCGGGGCUACUACUUUGGCACCUCCUCCAUCACUGGGGAUCUCUCGGAUAAUCAUGACGUCAUUUCCCUCAAGUUGUUUGAGCUGACAGUAGAGAGAACCCCAGAAGAAGAGAAGCUGCAUCGAGAUGUGUUCUUGCCCUCGGUGGACAACAUGAAGCUGCCUGAGAUGACAGCCCCACUGCCACCCCUGAGUGGCCUGGCCCUCUUCCUCAUCGUGUUUUUCUCUCUGGUGUUUUCCGUAUUUGCCAUUGUCAUUGGUAUCAUACUCUACAACAAAUGGCAGGAACAGAGCCGGAAGCGUUUCUACUGAGCCCUCCUGCUACCACCUCCUCUCUGGCAGUCCCCCAUGAGGUGUGGGAGGAGCAGGUGCUGGCCUGAACACACAGCCUGGCAGGUCUUCUCCAGUCUCCAACAGCUGGUCAGGGACUCGAUUCUGUCGCUGGAGCUUUGAAUGCAGGGACACUGCAUUCCCAUGGUCAAGCAAGGGGACAUCUAACUCUGGUUCAGGAAGCCCACCCACCCCAGGACAGUGCUGCUGUGAUGUGCCUUUCCUUGCAGUCCUUCCACUUGGGAGCUAAGAGGGAUGGAGAGAAUAUAUGCUGUUAUGAUGUCAGAAUCACAGAACAACAUUUCAUAGCCCCGGCUGCCUUGUUGUUGGACUCAGAGGACCCUUGUACUUGAUUUUUAAAUCUGCAAAGAAUAGAAAACUGAUAAUUCCUCCUACCUUCCAGCCAUCCAUUCACUGAGUUUUGCUUUUUGUCUAAGCCUUUCUGAAGAGCUUUCCUUGGAAAUCUGGAUGGAAACUUCUUCCCUGCCUCGCCUUCCUCUCCCUCCAUUCGUUGUCCUCUCCAAAUGCAACCUGAGCUAGAAAAGACAUUUGGAUGCCUCUCUGUUGGGCCUGGGGCUGCAGAACAAACUUAGGUUUCACUAAGCCUCAUUAGGUGGCCAUAGGGAGAGGGUUUCUGCAUUGGCUCACUGCUCUAGCCUUGGUUCUUCAGCGUGGAUCUUGGUUUAUUGGUGUGUUCAUGACCUUCCCAGUUAGGUCCCUUUAGCCCUCAGUCGAGUUUGGCUUAGAGUUGGUGUGCAAGUCAAGAGAAACUUGGAAGACUUCACGGAUGCAAUAGGAUUAAUUCUGAGACUGACCAGCUCCUCAUUUUGACACCGAAAGCAACAUUUGCCAUGUGAUCUGACCACUGGGAGAUGUUUCUAGACUCCGGAGCCUGCUUAGCUGCAUGUUUUGUGUUUAUCAUGAUUUUUGGAAAUCCACUUUGAAUGUUCAGAAUGUAAGGAAGCUUUCUUCGUACAGCCUCGGCUUGGAUAUUCCCCAAAGAGGAAAUUUGGCUUCUUUUUCUUAAUGGAUAAGAAAUUGUUGCUGUUCUCAUGUUGCAAACUUGGGAGCAAUAGACCUUCAUCAUCUGCACCUGGAAGAGUUCGUUGUCAUUGAGUGACAGAGCCUGAGUGUCAUCCUCUAUGGGUCAACCCUUAUUCCACUGCCUUAUCUGUCAAGGGGUCACAUGCUGCUCACCUGUCUGCCCUGUGAUUAAAUUGGCUAACAGGCCAGAGCCUCCCUGGAGGGCCUGGGACGCUGAGCUCUCCUAGCCAUGUGCUUCUGUAUUCUUAAAAUGGCUGAUGGAAACCAAACAUGAA